AUAUGUAAUGACUUGAAAAGAUAUAUUCCUCUUGACAAUGUUUGCAUUUCGAUUGAGAGCGCCGACAGAAAUGUACUCAUUGCUCGUAUUUGGAUUGACUUUGGCGUCACUGUUGGGGUGGAGUAGCCAACAUGGAUUGCUUCUGUCCCCUCCCCAAAGGGGGUCCCUCUGGCGAUACGGAUACGACACUCCCCCUAACUACGACGACAAUGGACUUUUCUGUGGCGGAAUAGAGGAAUACAUUAAAACUGGUGGAAAAUGUGGUGUUUGCGGAGAUGCCUACAAAGGUCCCCGUGAACACGAAGCUGGUGGGAAAUACGCUAAAGGAAUCAUUGUCGAGCAACUUCCCGCCGGAUCUACAGAAAUGAAAACGACUAUUCAGAUCACAAGUUACCACAUGGGAUAUUUCGAGUUCAGGAUCUGUCCACACAAUGAUAUCCGCAGACCAGUGUCCCAGGAGUGUCUGGACGAACAUCUCAUGAUCAUUAAAGAAGGCACACCUGAGAGUGAGUACACUCGUUACUACCCAGACAAUCCUAUCGAGACCGGAAAAGACAAGUACCACCUGACCUUACUUCUACCAAGGGGGAUCCGGUGUGAGCAAUGCGUACUACAAUGGACUUACAACACAGGAAACAGUUGGGGUACAGACAAAAACGGAACAAGUUGUUUGGGCUGCGGACUUCAAGAAGUAUUUAAAAACUGUGCUGACAUAAGUAUUGGAGGAACACAGACCGUUGAAGCCGCGCAGAUGGCACUUAUUAAAACAAAGACAAAAACAACCAAAAAGACACCUAAACCUGAAAUUAAAUCAGGCUUAUUCCACCAUAUCAAGAAGGCCAUUGAAAAUAGUAUAGCGGCUAAAAUAAUUCAAAACCAUGGCCAGAAAACCACAAAGAGAAUCGUGCCUUCUCCCACUCCAGUAUUUUCGACUAAAACCCCCUCCACAACGACUUUUUCUGCAAAAUCUAUAUUGGAAAACAGGAACUUAUUCAUGCCUGGCAAUGCCCCGUCCUUCCUCUCUCAAAUUCAGAGCAAGCUAGGAAGGCAGUUCAGUUGGUUGAAGCAGGUUCCUUUUCAUCAUGGCCGUCUUCUUUCCCAAAAAACAUCCAAUCCGAGAUUCACACUCGCCAGCAAAAUCAAGUUCCUACCUGAAACUACAGCACAGGAACAACGCACAACUGCUCUGGCAUUCAACCCUUCGCCCGAGAUUGGCCUGCGAUCGUUUUACACUACACAGAAAGGACCUGUACCAAGAAUCUACGAGGUCAAAUAUAAUCUUCUUCCCAAGUCAUCUUUCAACUUAUAUACCAAUCCUUCAAUGUCUCUGUUUGAAUCCACCGGUAAUGUAGAAAAGGUGUCCUUGUCCGAAGUGGCACCCACAGUAGCAUACAACGCUCCACAAAUGACACAAAAAGUAGUAACGUCUAGACCUUCAUUACAAACAACCGAAUCCUCAAAUCCUACCACGACCAAUCCUUUGGACGUUUCCCAAUGGGGUCGAGAGACCGUGACCAAAUUACCUAAAAAGUACCAAAAGUACUAUAAGAAGUACAAGGAAGCCAAAUCAAUGUUAGAACUAUUGAAAAGAAAACCUGAAGAAGUUAUGAAAAUGUCCAAAUAUAGAAAAUUUCAGAAAAGACGAAAUGGACACAAAAGGCUGCACAGAACUCUGAACAGAGAUGUAGAGAAAUACACAACUCGACUGAAGAGAGUUGGAAAACGGUUAUUUACAACGUCAUAGUGACGAUGUUUUGCUACUGAAACUUUCAUUUCACAGAAAUCCGUUCAUAUUUAUUAAAUAUUUGUUAUUGUGUUUGUUGUAUACUUAGAAAACCAGACUGAAAUACAGUGCUAAUAAGAUGUACUCAUCUGCAAAAAGUUACCUCAGGAAUGUGCGAGGAUAUUAUAGCUAGACACUACAGACUUGCUCACACUUGUUGUUGCAAGUUCUGCAGACACACUGUAAUGAAUGACUUCUACGUAUUAUAUGUGCCAAAGCAACGAAAUAUUGUUGUGCAUGUACUUACCUAUCAGUAUUCAUUAAAAAUUUGCCCAGUAUUGCCUUCUUUAAUCUUUCCGGUAAACAGAGCUUCACGAGAAAUUUUUGACCGAGCUUCUAACUCAUACCAAUGUUUAACAUUAUAUCAAUUGUAACUGUCAAUUUUGGUAUGAAAAACUCCUUUGUCUCGGUCAUUAAUUUGUUUAAUCAUGACAGUUGUGUAUAAUAUUUAAACAACAGCAAUGUAUUGUGAUACUGUUUAUUCUGUAAAAAGAAUACAAAUAAUGCAAAAUACAAAAUAAAACAAUACCAAA